AUUCAUAAUUGGGCUUUUACUCUUUACAUAUAAACUCACAUACUGCCUGAUGGGUAAUUUACCGGGUUUCGGAUCGUUCAAAACCCUAAACCCCUUCUCGCGAUUUGACAAUUCAACACAUUCAAAGCUAAAUCUAUAAUGGUUGAAAACAAGCCAAAGAUUGGAUUAUCAUGGGAACCAAAGCUACCCACUUCGUUUUUACCCGGAAAUAAAUCCGGGUCGGGUGUGAAAACCCAAUCUUUGGAUGAAAAAUGUGUUGUGUAUAAGCCUAAAAGUGAGCUUGUUGAUGGGCUUUAUGUGCCAACUAAUAAUCCCAAGAAGUUGAAUAAGUUGUUGAAGAAACAAAUUAAAGAUACGUCUGGAAAGAAUUGGUUUGAUAUGCCUGCGCCUACGAUGACGCCUGAAUUGAAGAAAGAUCUUCAGUUGCUCAAGUUGAGGACUGUCAUGGAUCCAAAGAGGCAUUACAAAAAGGGUGAUUCGAAAUCAGUUCCCAAAUACUUCCAGGUUGGAACUGUUAUAGAGUCAGCAACAGAUUUUUACACAGGUAGACUUACUAAAAAGGAGAGAAAGGCAUCCCUUGCAGAUGAGCUACUUGGUGACCAUUCUCUAGGAAGUUACAGAAAACGGAAGGUCCAAGAGAUAGAAGCGAAAAACCAACCAGGUGGGGUGGAUAAAUGGAAGAUAAAGGGUAAAGAGUCCUGGAAACGUGCCAAGCAAAGAAGGCACUGAUGACUGAUGCAGGGAUAUUGGCCCUGCCUUGCUUAAUAUCUUGUUUAUUUAUGGAUUUUUCCUGCCGUGAGGAUUACUCAAAUUAGAAUUAGUGGCCUCAAAGCUGAGGCAGAAUUAGAAUUAGUGAGACCUCAGGGCCCUCACUGUUGUAAUAGUUGUGGAGACUACUAAAUUUUUGUCAUCUGUAUGGAGUUUGAAUGUAUAAUUAGAAGUUUUGUGAUA